CAGAAAGAGAUGGAGAAAGAAAAGAUGAUCAUGAGAGAGAGGGAGGAAGCAGGAAGAAGAAAGGAGGGGCAGAAAAAUAUUUUGGGGGAAAUUGAGGGACAGAAUGAACUGGAGAUAGAACAGGAGAGAGAGAUGGAAGACAAGCAUGAAGUGAUUAAGGAAGCAGAGGAAGAGUACAGGGAAAGAGAAGAGAGAGCAAAGGAAGUAAGCAUGAAGAAACAUGUAGUAGUUAAUGUUAAAGCAAAAGCACGGGAAGUCUUCAAUAGACGUAAAGAGAGAAGGUUAGAAGUGUUGAAGGGGGAACGAGAACACAUAGAAAUAGGACAACAAAUCAGGAGGGAGAAGGAGGAAAGAUGGCUGGAGAUGGAAAGAAAACAGGAGAGGGCAAGACAACAAGAGGAGCAGGAUAAAAAACAAGAGAUUGAAAUUGCUAGACAGAAAGAAAUGUUCAGACUAAGAGAGGAGGAGAGGCAGAGAGAGGAAGAGAGAGAGGAGGAGAGAAAGAGAGCCGUUAAAGGCCAUUUAGCUUUAAUCAGAGAGAGAGAGAUAAUAGAGGCAAACAGAAGAGAGGAGAUGGUGGAAGAGGAAAGAAGGGAAUUCCUUGAAAAUUACAAGAGGGGUGACUUAGAGGAGGAGGAGGAAAAGGAAGAAGACAAGAAGGACAUUCUCCCACCUGAUAAAAGUAUCCGAAGGAGAGCUGUGGGCUGGAUAAAUAAGAAGUGGGAGAAGAGGAACCUCAAGAAGAUCGAGAGAACCUAUCAGAGAGAAGCUGAGGAGGGCUAUAAGAUCGUCCACAUAGCCAUCCCUGGACACACAAGGCUAACAGCCACCAUGACACAGGCAGAGAGAGAGAGGGAGAAGAGGAAGGAGCUGCUGAAGGCUGAGAAGAGAAGGAAGAAGAUGGAGGAUUUUAAUAAGCAGUGGAGAGAGCAGUCCCUGCUUAAAAAACAAACUCAUCAGAAACUGAAGGAGGAGAGGGGGAAGAUGAAGGGACAUUACCUGGAGCAGAUGAAUCUGGAGGCUGAUGCUCAAAUCAACACCCGGUGUCUAACCACCCAACACAGCCACGAUUAUCUGGAGACAACACAGCCCACUGGAUCUGGAGAUGGCCACCAGGAAAGGCCAAGGAGGCAACAGGCAUGGGCAGAGAUCCAGGAGGGGAGUUCAGAGAACCAGCAGGAGUGGCCAGAGAACCAACAGGGGGGGGCAGAGAACCAACAGGAGUGGCCAGAGAACCAGCAGGAGUGGCCAGAGAACCAGCAGGAGUGGCCAGAGAACCAGCAGGAGUGGCCAGAGAACCAACAGGGGGGGGCAGAGAACCAACAGGGGGGGCCAGACAGCCAGCAGCUAGAAGCUCCAGAAGAGGCUGAAACAUCAGAGCCAACCUCCAAGAACAAGAAAAGGCCAGGCAUCUGGAAGAGAAUUAAGAUGGGGUAA